ACAAAAUUGAAUUUUCAGAUUGUAUUCAAACCCGAUUCGAACACGCAUAACAGUAAGUCGGCAAAGAAGAUCCUAAAACCCCGAAAUUCCGAAGCUAUAAAUAGCGGCAACUUCCAUUUUCGCCACCACCAAAAAAACUGCGGAGGGGGAAGAAAUUUUGAGCCGCCGACCACCGAUUGCUUCUCGAUUCGGAGCUCCACUUCGUCUAGGAAACUGAAAUGGGGCAGGAUAAAUUGUUGGUGGUCACGGAUCAGAUAGCAGUGUCUCUUGGUGCAGUUCUCGAUGCAGUUAAGGUGGUUAGGAAGGAUGGAGUUGAACAGCUUGACCCUAUGAUCAUCACUCAAGCUUCAUCAGACAGUUUGACAUUGGUGGAUUCUUCAUCUCUAGAUACUGUUGUCUCCCUCUGCAAGUCACUGGAGUUUCCAAGCGAUAAAUUGCUUGCCAACAUCUCAAGACUUUUAAAACCUGGUGGAACUAUCUACCUAACUUUGUCGUCUGAAUCUGCCCCAGGGCAAAUGACAAACUCUUCUCUUGAGCGCAAGUUACUGCUCGCUGGAUUUCUGGACAUACAAUCUUCUGGUGGACAGUCUGUUGGGAUAACGGGAAAGAAGCCUUCAUGGAUGAUUGGCUCGUCUUUUUCUCUCAAGAAAAAACCUUCACAACUUUUACCGAAAGUUCAGAUUGACGAUGAUAUGGACCUAAUUGACGAGGAUAGCCUCCUUACAGAAGAGGAUCUCAAGAAACCCCAGCUGCCACCUGAUGAUUGUGAAGUUGGAAGCACAAGGAAAGCUUGCAAAAAUUGCUCAUGCGGGAGAGCUGAAGAGGAGGAAAAAGUGGAAAAGCUUGGACUUACUAUGGACCAGCUGGAUAAUCCUCAAUCUGCAUGUGGAAGUUGCGGUCUAGGUGAUGCUUUUCGAUGCGGUACAUGUCCUUAUAAGGGUCUUCCUGCAUUCAAACUCGGCGAAAAGGUUACGUUGUCAGGGAACUUCUUGGCAGCUGAUAUUUGACUAUCAGGAAUCUCCUUACAGAAAGUCUUUUCAUUCUCUCGUCAUUUUAUACUUUAAAACGAUAUAGGCUGCUGCUCUUUUAGACCUCGGUCUUUUCUUUACGUUGUUUUUUUUCUCGAUUAAAAAAAAGAAGAAACUAGAGGUUCUUAAUUUGUAAUUGUGGGGUUCAUGGGUGUGUGGUGCAAAAAAGAAUAUGGUUGUGGAGGUAAUAGAUUGUGUUAGUCCGAUGCACCUGAGUUUGUCUUUUAUUUUGUUUCACAGAUUCUUUAUAUGAAAUUGAUAUGUUUUUUUAGA